CAAUAAUAUAACAUUUCGAGAAAAUGGCGAACAACCGAGAUAUCUCCGAGCAAAUUCCACACUAUUUGCAGUUUGGUUGGCUAGCAUUUCGCCCGAAAUGGCUAAAGUUAUUGAACUCCCCGAAAUGGUUCUUGUUCUUUCUCGUCAUGUAUUUUUUCACGCAGAGCAUCGUUGUAAACGGUGUUUAUUCGGUGUCCAUCUCGACCAUCGAGAAGCGCUAUGGUUACUCGAGUUCUCUGACUGGUUUUCUGACAAGUUCGUUCGACAUCGCCGCUCUCGUGCUGACGCCACUUGUCAGUUUCCUUGGCGCCAGAAGAAAGAAACCUGUCUGGUGUGGGGUAGGACUGCUGACCAUGGGGAUUGGCAUGCUCAUCUUCUUCCUUCCUCACGUGUUUAGCGGGAGAUAUGAGGCGGGUGCAGAGUCGGAAAGUGGCCUUUCAACAGGACUGUGCAACUCCACUUCUGUGAAUUCUUGUGAAUAUACUUCCGGUAACAAGGGGUACGUUCCACUGUUCGUUCUUGGGAUGCUGGUCAUGGGUUCAGGUGCCACGCCCAUGAUUGCUCUCGGAAUUCCUUACAUGGAUGAAAACGUCAAGGCCAAAGCGUCCCCUAUGUUUGUUGGCAUCUUCUACGCGUCUGGACUCCUGGGUGCUGGUGUAGGUUUCAUUGUUUCUGGGAAAUUCCUUGCCAUUUACGUGGAUAUUGGGGUCGAGACCUCCCUGACACCCACGGACGAGCGCUGGAUUGGGGCAUGGUGGCUAGGUUUUGUUAUUUGCGGAACGCUGUGUAUAUUUUGGAGCAUAUGGUUGUUUGGGUAUCCAAAACGAAUUCCAGGAAGAAACGAUUUUGAGAAGCCACCAAGUAAGAGAGAAACAACAGAUGUGGAUGAAGUUAGAGAAGAGAAGCUUGCCAAAGAGAUGUCACAACUACUGGGAGCCACUAAAGAUCUUCUCAAGAAUGUUGCCUAUGUCUUCACGACCCUUAGCGUUUGUAUGGAUGCUUUUCUUGUCGCUGGUUUCAUAGCGUUCGCGCCAAAGAUCCUUCAAUCCCAGUUUAGUCUUCCUGCCUCAAAGAUCAGCAUUUUGUUCGGAUUAACUGUCAUCCCUGGAGCAGUUAGUGGUAACCUAUCAGGAGCAUACAUCAACAAAAGGUUGCGGCUGAGCAUGACGGGAGCCGCUCUAAUGUGCAUGAUAGGGGCCACGGCAUCAGCUUUGGGAACCAUCCCUUUGCUUGCGAGCUGCACAUCUACCACCGUGGCAGGGGUUAAGGUCCCCUACAUUAACAGUUCCAGUCUCGGGCUUCAGGACAGCUGCAAUGCUCACUGCGCAUGUUCCGCCGUACCUUACAGUCCCGUAUGUAGCAAUGACGUGACUUAUUUUUCACCCUGUCACGCAGGCUGCCUUACCCAAAUCAACGGGUCUCUCGCUGAGUGCUCCUGUCUUCUCCCAUCAUCGUCACGUGACAUCAUCACCAUGGGCAAAUGCCGAUUUUCCUGUGGAUACAAAUACGGGAUCCUGCUUGGCGCGGUGUUCCUAUUCGGGUUUUUCACGUUUAUGAACAUGACGCCCGCAACAAUCGUCACUCUCAGGUGCCUUCCCGUGGAUCGCCGCACGUAUGGCUUGGGUUUUCAAAUGACAAUGACCCGUCUUCUUGGGGCUAUUCCUGGGCCUAUUGCGUUUGGAACUCUCAUUGACUGGAACUGUAUUCUGUGGGAUCGGGGGUGUGACGGUCACGGCAACUGUUUGGAGUACAACAAUACUCAACUCGCCUACACCGUGUUUGGACUGUGCUUCGUCUGCAAACUAGUGACCACGCUCAGCUAUUUCGUUGCUUUCGUUUACUGCCGUAAAAUCAACCGUUCGCUGACCAUGGGCGUAGACACCGCGGAGAUGUCUGGUGCUGUUGUGUCUGGAAUUACUAACGAAUCGCUGGAGAUCGAGGCGUGCGUCAAGACAGAGACGACAACCCACUUGUGACUUUGGGAUGGGGCAGCGUCCCGAAGGGGGGGGGGGAGGGGG